UUGCAUUCAAGACAAACACAACAUUAAUAUUAAAACUCAAUUCAGUUUAAAUUGCAAUCAAAUUGAAUGCAAAUAUAAGCCAUACAAUGAUUGUGACAUUUAAGACAAUUGGAUGCCAUAAGUGAUGAUUGGUUGCUAUCUUAUCAAUAAAACAACUUUAACCCCAAUAUUACUGUUAAAUCACUUACAAAUCAAUUGCAAAACUCGUUUAUAAACCACUAAUCGCUUAAUAUUUGGCACUAAUUGUCAGACAAUUAUUACUUUUUUGUAUAUUUUUCUUUCAUUGUUAAUACAAUUUGUGGACAAAUCGACUAAAUGGCGGGUAAAGACGUGUUUCAAAUGGGUUGCCACACACUGGCCAUCAGCUCUUCCCUCCACCGCAACAAUCGUCUCCGACUCGUAGACCGACUGAAGGCAAAGAAUUUGUCCAACAAUUGUCUCAUUGUAUUACAAGGAGGAGAGACUCAGAACAUGUACUGCACUGAUGUUGAGCCGGUCUUCCGUCAGGAGUCGUACUUUCACUGGACUUUCGGUGUGAAAGAGCCCGACUGUUACGGAGCCAUAGAUGUGAGUACCGGACGUUCACUACUGUUUGUCCCACAAUUGCCCCAAUCGUACGCCAUUUGGAUGGGAAAACUGCUUACCCUUCAAGACUUCAAAGACAUCUAUGGUGUCGAUGAAUGUCAUUACGUUUCGCAAAUUAAUGAAGUGAUCGCUGGCCUUAAACCUGAACUCCUUCUGACACUCGAAGGAGUGAACAGCGAUUCCCAGAAAACGACUCGAGAGGCAGUGUUUAAUGGGAUCGCAAAGUUUAAAGUCGAUAAUAAACUGCUGUACAAAGAGAUCAGUGAGUGUCGUGUCGUCAAAACAGAGGCAGAGCUGGAAGUGAUGCGAUACACGAACAGAGUUAGCAGCGAAGGACACAAAGAAGUGAUGAGACAUAUUAGACCCGGAAUGACUGAAUACCAAUUGGAGUCCGUUUUUAGACACUACACCUACUAUAACGGCGGCGCCCGUCAUAUGUCGUACACUUGUAUCUGCGGUUCGGGUGAGAACGGGGCGACUCUUCAUUACGGACACGCCGGCGCUCCCAAUGAUAAGACUGUCAGCGACGGCGAUAUGUGUCUCUUCGAUAUGGGCUGCGAAUACUAUUGCUAUUCGUCGGACAUCACGUGUUCGUUCCCCGCGAACGGGAAGUUCACUUCAGACCAAAAGAUUAUCUACGAAGCGGUGCUGAAGGCGAGCCGAGCGGUGAUGGCGGCCGUGAAACCGGGCGUCUCGUGGCGUGACAUGCAUUUGCUCGCAGAGAAGACACAAUUGGAGGAAAUGACAAGACAUGGAUUGUUGAGAGGAGACAUCAACGAUAUGAUGACUUCCCGGUUGGGCUACAUCUUUAUGCCCCACGGAUUGGGACAUCUGUUAGGCAUUGAUGUUCACGAUGUCGGCGGAUAUCUAGAGGACUGUCCGCCGAGAUGUGCAGAGCCCGGACUCAGCAGUUUAAGGACUGCUCGACAAUUAAUUAAAGGAAUGACACUAACUAUAGAACCGGGAAUUUAUUUCAUUGACGCUCAGCUCAACAAAGCUAAAGAAGAUCCCAAUCUUUCUAAGUUUAUUGUUUGGGAUGUGAUUAACAGAUUCAGGAACUUUGGAGGAGUCCGAAUAGAAGACGAUAUAGCGAUCACUGAGACAGGAAUGGAACUGUUGACUGAUGUCCCGCGAAGUGUCCACGAAAUCGAGGCGUUAAUGGCUGAGGGAAGGAAACUUGAGGUUAAGUUUCCUCAACAAAAGUUCCUCAAAUAAUCAUAAUUUAUGACUGUUUUGUUAAAAUUAAUAUUAAAUUUGAUUGAAUAUU